CAAAGCUGCAAAUUAAUCAGCAGAAAUUAGAAAAAAAGAAAAUACAUUUUUCUUUGUAAAGUAUCAUAAACAAAUAGAUCAACCAACGGUUUCACAAAAUCAUCUGAUCGAGACGAGACAAUUUUAGCCAAACGUCCCGUUUUCUCUCUUUUGGCUCAUCUGUCACUCCCUCCGUCUCUCUCUCUAUCGCUCUCUCUCGUCAAUUCGGUUCGAGUACCCUAAUAAAUCCGGAAAAAGAUCCUGAAUUUCGAAUACCCAUUAUCAUAUCCGAGGAUAAUAUUUCUGGGUUUGAUUUAUUUCUUUCUAUUAAAUUUUAAACUUUCGAUCUAGAUGGAAGCUGACGUGUCUAUUGUCGGAAUACCCUAACACGCCAAUUGCUGAGUUUCAGUUGUUCUUGUUCGAUUUGGGAAGAAAGGGACGAUGAAUCGUGCUCUGGUCCUACUAUUACACCUUUUGGCUGUUUGUUGUGUAUCGUCAGGCAAAGUGGUUCUGAUGGGGAACAACAUCACUCGCUCUUUCGACGACAUCGAAGCUAAUUUUGCUAUGGCAAUCAAGGACUCGGGAGAAAUGGGAGAACUUUACAUAGCCGAGCCACUGGACGCGUGCAAGGAUCUGAGCAAUGGGCCCGAGAAUGGCUCAAAUGGUACUUCCCCUUUUGUGUUGAUAAUAAGAGGUGGCUGCAGCUUCGAGGAUAAAGUCAGAAAGGCACAGAGAGCUGGUUUUAAAGCUGCCGUUGUCUAUAACAAUGAAGACAGUGGCGCCUUGAUCUCAAUGGCAGGUAAUUCAGGUGGUAUUAAGAUACAUGCGGUUUUUGUCUCAAAAGCAUCGGGAGAAACACUUAAGAAGUAUGCUGGUUUACCCAAUACAAAAGUCUGGUUGAUCUCAAGCUUUGAGAACUCGGCAUGGUCGAUAAUGGCCAUCUCUUUCAUAUCACUGCUUGCUAUGUCUGCUGUGCUGGCGACUUGUUUCUUUGUCCGGAGGCAUCGUAUAAGGCGCCGGACAUCUCGGUCUUCCCGUGUCCGUGAGUUCCAUGGGAUGAGCCGACGCUUGGUGAAAGCAAUGCCUAGUCUUGUAUUCACUUCUGUACAUGAAGGCAACACUACUGCAACCUCUUGCGCCAUCUGCCUCGAGGACUACAGCGUCGGGGAAAAACUAAGGGUCUUACCUUGCCGUCACAAGUUUCACGCAAUGUGUGUUGACACAUGGCUGACGUCGUGGAGAACCUUCUGCCCAGUGUGCAAAAGGGAUGCGAGAACAAGCACAGGAGAGCCACCUGCGUCAGAGAGCACACCUCUGCUCUCACCUGCUGCUUCCUCAUCAGUUCUCUCGUCCUUUAGAUCCUCAAUUCCAAUGUCAUCUGCACUGCAUAUCGGAUCAUUGCCAUCCUCUGUUUCUUUCUCUCCCGGGCAAGCGGGCUCAUCCUACAUCAUCCAGCAUUCAUUCAGGUCAUCUCCUCCUAUAAAUAUGAGCCGGAGCUCUGUGGAUCUCAGGCAACAGGUGUCACCAUCGCAAUCGCAGAGAUCAUACACGAUGUCUCGUAUGGCCUCACCAAACUCACUGGGUUUCCCGGCCACAUCGCCUCUCAACUCGAGAUACAUGUCGCCUAGUCCCGUUAAUCCAUCACCGGGGUUAUAUAUCGGGUCUUCAAACCAUCGGUUUCGUCCUCUGCAUUGCAGCGAAUCAGCAGGGACGUUCUCUCCGUUCAACUCGGCUCACUCGCUUACAGACUGCUAGAUCUGUUAUGAGUUCUUGGGAUACAUAUGUAUAGGGUGAAGCGAGUGUGUUCAUGACAGAUGUUUGGUUGAGAUUUUAUUUGAUAUCUUAUUUUGUAGA